AUGACAAUGACUCUCGAGGAUGAUCUGACUACAGCAGCGGCGCAGGGAAACACGGUAGCUGUGGAGUGUCUCCUCCGGGAAGGGGCUGAAGUUAACGGGGUGAAUCGCUUUGGACGAACCGCUCUACAGGUCAUGAUGAUGGGCAGCACACCGGUGGCUCAGGUGUUAUUGAGGCACGGAGCGGAUCCUAACGUGGCGGACGGACCCACCGGCACCACACCGCUGCAUGAUGCGGCCAGGAUGGGCUUUCUGGACACUGUACGGCUGCUGGUACAGUUCGUGGCUGACCCGCAUGUCAAGGAUAACACAGACUGUCGGCCUAUCGAUUUGGCCAGGCAGAGUGGUCAUGCAGAUGUGGUGGCUUUCCUGGACACUUUGUAAAACACCCUGACGCUGUGAUGCCUAGUUUGGGGACAGGCUGCUGAAACUGGGCCCAACAGGCCUGGAGCCUAAAUUACACAAAGACUAUUCUGCUGUAAAUUUGACUUAUAUUUA